AUGUCGUCGAAGUAUCCUACUGAUAGCUCCGGCGCACUUGGUCUCUAUAGCUACUCUACACUCUCAUCCAGCACCUACUCAUCCGGCCACUCCCGAGAACCAUCUUACUCAAACCGGUCCCCUAUUCCCAUUUCUCCUUAUCAUACUCGCGAGUCUUCUGGUGCUACAAGGCCACCUUCGAUCCACGAGGAAGCCAUACGCCAUCGUUUCAAAAAGCAUCGUGAUCUUCGAAGUUCAGAUGAGGCUACUUUGAGUUCAUGUGAUCAACAGAGGCAGCAUCAUCACAAGAAUCAUGGACGCCGUGGCCAACGUGCUUACCAUAGCCAAAAUUCGUAUAAACGUAGCGAAAAACGCAGUUCAAGAUAUCGCAGACGCUCCAAACACCCCGAGCUUCCACUAGAAGCAGACCUCGUACCUCAGCCACCAGCGAACAAGCUUGUUGCCGUCAAGUCAGCGAAGGAGAACAAGAACACUGGCAAUGUGACCUGGCGACGAUUCAGCCAAGGUCUCAAGAUUGGCAAGCCCAAAAAAGUCGAACCGAACGAAGAGACGCCAACCGUUAUGAUGGCAACUCAGCCGAGAAGAAAGAGCAAGUGGAAGUUCUGGGCCAAACAGGAACUCCCCGGCAACUAUGAUUCGACAAUUGCGAGCCCCAAAACGCUCAAAACCAGGGAUGAGCUCGAGACGAAGGACGACUCCGGGUCUAGACCCAGUGUGUUGGAUUGGAUUGACGAAGAGCCUCUUCUUCAUCAAUCGCCCACUGAAUUGAAGCGACUGUUCGAAGAGGACUGA